AUGCCUCAUAUGACUCGUCGAGACGUUCCUGCUGCUGCUGCUGCUGCUGCAGCAGCAGCUCUCACAGACAGCAGCAACCCAGUUAGUAGCAGCAGCAGCAACAGCAGCAAAAGCAACAGCAAACUGCCGGGUGGCGCCCGGCAUCAGAAGGUAGAAGGAAUAAAAGAAAAAAACAAAAAAACAACAGCAACAUCUGCGCAACAAGACAGGAAGCAGCAGCAGCAGCAACAGCAACCGCAACAACCGCAACAGCAGCUGCAAUCGCAGCAACAGCAACAACAACCACAAGCACAGCAACAGCAGAAAACAAAACAGCAGCAGCAACCACAACAACAACAAGAACAACUGCAACAGCAGCAACCACAGCAACAGCAACCACAGCAACAGCAACCACAGCAGCAACCACAGCAGCAACCACAGGAGCAACAACAACCACAACAGCAACCACAGCAACAGCAACAGCAACAACAACAGCAACAGCAACUCCAGCAACAUCAACCAGAAGCACAGCAGCAACAGCCAAAACAGCAGGUACAAGCACAACAACCUCAGCAACAGCAGCAGCUGCUGCAGCAACAGCAGCAGCAGCAGCAGCAACCGAGGGGGACAGCAAAAAGGGGAGGAAAACGGGGAGGCUCAGGAAAAGGAAAGCAAAAGAGAAGUUCGUCGGAAACUCGCAAUGGAACGCAGCAAGCUGCUGCUGCUGCUGCGGUUGCUGCGGCUGUGCAGCAGCAGCAACAACAGCAACAGGAACAGCACAUGCAGCAGCAGCAUAUGCAGCAACAGCAACAACAACUCCCACACCAGCAACAACAAACGCAUCAACAUCAACUGCAGCAACAGCAACUGCAGCAGCGGCAGCUUCUGCAGCAGCUGCAGCAGCACAUGCAACAGCAACAACUGCAACAGCAGCCAAGAAGAAGCAAAACCAACGGAAUUCCCUUGCCCUUGGCAGCAGCAGCACAGCAGCAACAACAGCAACACCAGCAGCAGCUUCUGCUGCUGCAGCAGCUGAGCUCAACCGUUAACGAAGCAGCUGCUGCCAAGAAAGUAGAGAGAAGCACAGAGGAGCAGCAGCUGCUGCUGCGGCAGCGCCUCAUAGAGCUGCAGCAGCAGCAACAUUUGCUGCAGCAGCAGCACAUGCAACACCAACAGCAGCAACAACUCACGCGGCAGCAGCAGCUUCACCGUCAGCACCUCCAGCAGCAAGGACAAGACCAUCUGCUGCAGCAGCAUCACAUGCAGCAGCAGCACCUGCAGCAGCACCAGCUCCAUCCCGAGCUGGAGCAGCAGCAUAUGCAGCAACAGCACACCCAACAGCAGCAACUCCACCAGCAGCAGCUGCAGCAACUGCAUCAAGCACAGCAAUAUCUGCAGCAGCAUCCACAUCUCUUCGCGCAGCAUCUACAGCAGCUGCAGCAGCAACAGCAGCAGCUUCCCAUGAAGCUGCAGCCCCAGCAGCUACAGCAGCAACUACAGCAGCAGCUGCAGCAGCAGCAACAGGUGCUGCUGCCACACCUACAGAAACAGCCGCAGCAUGUCCACCAAACCCAUGAUCCCACGCAGCAACAGCUGCUACAGCAGUUGCAACAGCUACAGCAUCUGCAGCAGCUACAACAGCAGCAGCAGCAGCAGCAUCCCGCAGGAGCAAGCUUGGGUAACGAGGAUAGACUUGUGCUGCAGCUAGCUUUGGAGCUGCUGCAGCGUUCUGGGCAGCAGCAGCAGCAGCAGCCACUGGCUGCUGCUAUUCAGAAGACAGCUGCAGCACCAGCGGCAGCAGCAGCAGCAGCAGCAGCAGGGAGUCGUCUUGGGUCGACUGCUGCUGCAUGCAGACGAGCAGCAGCAACUUCAGGGUUUGCUGCUAAUCACAGCUGCGACGAUUUGCUGCAGCCCUGGGAGAGGGCAGCAAUGAGUACAGUAGCAGCCGCAGAAGCAGCAGCAGCAGCAGCAGCAGCAGACCAGGGAGUGCCGCACCUUGGUGUGGCUGCUGCUCCUCUGCAGAGACACGACAGGCCUGUGUUGCUGCAGCAGGCUCUGCUCCAGCAGCAUCAGGAGCAGCAACAGCAGCAGGAACAACAGCAGCAGCAGCAACACCUGUUCCAUGAAUUGGAGGUUCCUCCUGCUGCAGUGCAUGCAUCACAGGUGUCUGCCUCCUUGGCUUCUGCUACGUCUCCACAUCUAUCAUCGUCAGCAGCAACUGCUGCAGCAGCACAGCAGCAGCAGCAGCAGCAAGUAGAGUUAGGGGGUAUGAAGGCAAGAAGACUAGAGAAGAUAAAUGUUGAAUAUUUAGGUGGCAGCAGCAGCAGCAGCAACACGGGGAGACGCUCGGGUUUGCUGCAGGUGCAUGUACACCCGGGUACAUAUGUUGGGCCACAGGGAAGAAGGGAGAAAGUAGUUGUUAAACAUUUGCUGCUGCAGCCUGCAGCUGUUGGUAGUCCUCUGUGGCAGCAGCAGCAGCAGAUGCUGCAGCAGCUGCUAGAGUGGCAGCGCAGCAACUGCUGCGGUCUCAUCCGCAUUAAGGCAUUCGAGCUGCAGCAGGAAGGUGCAGCAAUCUGCUGGAGUGCCCCUAGCAGCAGCAGCGACGACAGCAGCAGCAGCAGCAGUGGCAGCAGCAGCAGUGUGUUAAUGAAGACGGCAGAUGAUUCUGCUGUUGCUGCUGCUACUGGAAGGAGAGAAGUAUUUGUUGUAUUAGAGGCAGCAGCAGGACCAUUAUAUAAACAAAUAAAUCUACAGAAAUUGCAGCAGCAAACACAAGGAGAUGGAUUUACACCACCACAAGGAGGUGCAUGCACGAGGAGGUAA